AUGUCUUACAAUAAGCGUGCAACCGCGAUAUUCCCUUCUUCCGUUACGGGUACUUUAUCAUCCCGUCCUGGAAGUCAAUCCUCAAGUUUAGCUGCCCUGGUAGCUGCAAAACAGGCGGAAUUAGAGGAUAUCCAACAAUUACGUGAUACCAGCCAUGCCCUUACAAAACAGUUAGAGGCGUUGGAAGCAAAACUUGCAACGUUGCAAAAUGGAGCCGAAGCUGUUGCUUGUAUAAUGGCAAAUUUUGACAGCGUCCUCAAGGUCAUUAAUAUGGCAGCGAGUGGCCUUCCUCAAGCCAAAAACCAAGAGAGUUCGCCAGAUGUAAAUCAACAAGAGGGUGCCAAGAAGGAUAUUGUUACAGACUCCCUUCCAGUUCCCCUUGUACGAAUAUUACUGGAACAGCAGGCCCCAGGGAUCAAGCGAUAG